UCAGCGACAUCACCAUGAAGUUUUUAUUAAUAUUUGCAAUCAUUCUGUCUUCAACGUGUGUUCAUCUAAGUCUUGGGUGGACUGUAGAUUACUGUUCACCAUCACUUUGUAAAGGCCUCCCUCAUAUUGCUUGUGGACAUCCUGGAGACUAUGUAAGCCAGUGUUUAUCAGACACGACCAUAAUGAACCUGAAGCCUCUCAAAAAUGUAAUAUUGGAUCGACAUAACCAGCACAGAAACAAAGUGGCUGGCGGUAGACUACCAGGAUUCAGUCCUGCUGUCCGGAUGGCCACUAUGGUGUGGGAUGAAGAAUUGGCAUAUUUGGCUUCAUUAAAUGCUUUGCGAUGUGAUUUUGAGCACGAUGAAUGCCGCAAUACCGAUAGUUAUCGAAACUCAGGACAGAGUUUAGCUUGGCGUUGGGAUCCUAUGGAGAGCGUACCCCAACCGAAAGACGCUUUAACUUGGGCCAUUGAUUACUGGUUUGGUGAGCAUGUCGACUCUAAUAUGCAACAAAUAGAUCGUUACUAUGUUGGACAUGGGACCGAGCACUUCACCGUCAUGGUCGCUGAAUCCAAUGAACGUGUAGGAUGCGCUGGUCUUUGGCUGAACGAUGGAGAUGGAAUGACAUCCUAUAUAGUCUGCAAUUAUGCAACAACAAAUAUUUUGGAUCGACCAAUUUACAGACAAGGAGCAGCUGGAUCAGAAUGCCGUCACGGUAGAAAUCGACGCUUCUCAAACUUGUGCGCGGUCGGAGAAAACUAUAAUGUCAGCUCGAAUCGUUGGUAGAAAUAAAUGUGUCCAUAUUUAUAAGGAAAUAUAUUUUUUUAAAACUA